ACAAAAUCGUUUCCGGGUCAAUAUUUGACCCUAGCAACACGUAAACAAGGGAAAAGGGACGAUCAACAACGAUUAACGCAGACAUCAUUAGUUUUAUUUUAAAUAAUUACAGUGUAACUUUAACUUUAUCAUUUUAUUUUUGCGGCGAAACAUAAAAAUUGCAAAUAUGGAAGUUGAUGCAUUGUCAGUAGAUAGUCCUCAGUCUUUUCAAGAUGUUGUUGGGCUUUCUAACACCACACGGACAGUUGAUAAGGGCCCCAAGAUUUCCUUCAUGACAACCUUGGACCGGGAGAUGUUUCCCACCAAGAUGCCGCAGAAUCGCUUUGGUAACGAGAUUUGUCCGCUUAGAGGAGCGCCACACAGAGGUCCUGGUUGCUAUGAGAAUGAAGAGAAAACAAACUUCUGGUAUGGCAUAGAGCACAAAAUCAACUCAAAGAAAGGAUACACACUUGGUGCUAGGACCGGCCCUAGAUUCCCAAAAGAGCAUGUUUUCCAGACACCCAGCCCUAUGGCUUAUCAGACAGAAACCACAAAGCUUAUGGAGUUUGACACGUCACAGAAGCCGUUCCUUGUGGGGGCCGACAGAUUUCCCGUGUACAGGAGGGACAUCAGUGAGGUCUUACCUGGGCCAGGUGCCUAUGAACACCAGGUGCGACGAAAUAGGAAGGUGCAGUGGCAUCAGUCGUUUGGUGGCGAGCCCAUUUUGAUGCCCACCAUUCAGGUCCGCAGUAUCAUAGAUCAAAACACAGAAAAGUUGUUCAGCACAAAAGAAGAAAAGAAGUACAACAAGAAGUUAGCAUAUUUGAAAUUGUAUUACUGAAUAUAUAUGUUGAAAUAAACUUUGAUAUUUUC